CGACCGAACAAUCAGUCCUCCGCGGUCAGUCAAGCAAACAACACGUAGUUCGCUUCGUGGAGUUUUCCGAGAACCAAGUUGAAGAAGCAAGCACACAAGUAGUGAAGUCCUCCGACUUGAACCCCAUUCAUCAUCAUCUCACUAUCAAUUGCCGUCAACGCAGCAGAAAAAAAAGGGAAAACUCGGACGAAGAUUCAAAACCGACGACUGGUGUGUUGUUUUACGUUUUUUUUUUCGCUACAAAUCAGAAGCAUCUUCGCGGUCUUAUCAACAAGCUUUUAUUUUUCGCUCUUGACUGUUCAUCGUCGCCGCGUGAGGAACAUCACAAGCCAGAAUCAAUUUUUAUAAAAGCGGUCAGCUGGUACCGAACGGAUCUCAUUUGCACGGUUGGAAUCGUCCCGUCUGGAAGUGUCGCGGGAAUAACAACUACUAUCUCGCUUGGCAGUGUGAACGGAAGCAAGUGUGUUCCGGUGAAUCAUUUGAAUUAUUGUCACGGAGCUCGGAGGCUUACUGGGAACCUUUUUCGGAGAAACCGGUGCUUAGUGGAGGCUAGGAAUUGAGAAAUAUUGUCCGGGAUGGAACACGUCAACGGAAGCUCACAGAAGGAGAUUAGAGUCUGGUGCGACGGAUGCUACGACAUGGUGCACUUUGGUCAUGCCAAUUCGCUGCGACAGGCAAAAGCUCUCGGACAUAAACUGAUCGUUGGAAUUCACAAUGAUGCAGACAUCUCCAAAAACAAAGGUCCCCCGGUAUUCACUCAGGAAGAAAGGUACAAAAUGGUUCGAGGCAUUAAAUGGGUUGACGAAGUCGUAGAAGAUGCACCGUAUGUGACGACGCUAGAAACACUCGACAAAUACGACUGUGAUUUCUGUGUACAUGGAGAUGAUAUAACGCUCACGGCAGAAGGCGUCGAUACCUAUCAUUUGGUGAAAAAGGCUGACCGAUACAAGGAAGUGUCACGAACCGCUGGUGUCUCGACAACAGAUUUGGUCGGAAGAAUGCUUCUCAUGACACGAAAUCAUUUCAAACAAGGUGACCAAGAGUAUAGCGUCGAAAAAGAUGAAGAUAUUGAAGCUAUAGAUCGAUUACUCAAGAAAAUUGAAAUCAAAACAGGCUCGUCGAAACUCGGACAGGAUCAUUCAGCGCGGAGUCCAUGGACCGGCUGUUCACAGUUUCUACCAACUACCCAGAAGAUCAUCCAAUUCAGCGAUGGUAAACCGCCAAAACCAACAGACAAGAUUGUAUACGUAGCCGGUGCAUUUGAUCUUUUCCACGUGGGACAUUUGGACUUUUUGGAAAAGGCUAAGUCCAAUGGCGACUAUCUGAUCGUAGGAUUGCACACGGAUCCGGUGGUGAAUCAGUACAAGGGUGGCAACUAUCCAAUUAUGAAUUUGCACGAGCGGGUGCUUAGUGUUUUGGCGUGCAAAUACGUUAAUGAAGUUGUCAUAGGAGCACCUUACUCAGUUACUAAGGACCUGAUGGAGCACUUCAACGUGGAUUUAGUGUGUCACGGACAAACUCCCAUCGCAACAGAUGUCGGAAAUAUUGAUCCGUAUGCCGUUCCAAAACAAAUGGGCAAAUUUAUACUUAUUGAUUCGGGUAACACAAUCACUACAGAAGACAUUGUUGAACGUAUCAUUCGACAUCGACUAGAGUUCGAAGAUCGUAAUACCAAGAAGGAAAAGAAGGAAAUUGAAGUGUUCGAAGCAAUGCAACGGGUAAAACUGGCGGAAAAAAGCGGUUGACACGACUAAUAAUGUACCCAUUGCAGAGGCAUCCAUAGCUUCCAUGGGAAAACACUGUUUAAUCCAAAUUUCACGUUACAUUCGACAAAACGCUUCUACUGCUGUUGAGUUUCAACGAUAGAAACAGACAACCCGUGUAUCCCAAGCUUAAAGGCUUUGUUACCAGUUUGGAAGGAUCGUUGAGCAUUUAGAAUUGCGUCAGCAUGUUCUAUGUUUAGUUAUCAGCUGCAGUCGAUUGAGUCGCCGCAGAUCAAUGAAAAGACGUCAUGUGUUAAGCAUCACUAGCUGGACAAUGCAUAUUUAGUGUUUGUUAUAUUUUUUUAGUUGAAUUGUACAUUUUAUUGGUAAGAUUUAUUUUCAAUUGUGGUUCCUUUCCAACUUUUUUUAAAUAUUGUUUUGGCAACAAGUUAUUACAAUUUAUUAUCUUUUUUUCCCAAGUCUAAAUUACCACAGUUGAGAAGUUCAGAUUUUAUGCAAUGAUGCAAUUAUACACACAAAUUUUGUUAAUGAGUCUGCCAAAAUGAGAAUCUCAAACCAGCAAAACCGACGGACUUGAAAUAUAUUUAACUGAUCAGAGCAUUAUAAGUAAGAUUGCCGAAAAACAUAAAUACAUUAUGUAGAGCUUUUUUUUUUAUUUCGCCCUAUAUAUUUGAAAGAUAACGCUGGUUUGUUGCAUGAAUGCAGGGUGUUGUAAAUUUAUUAUAGUAGAUUAACUUGUUUUCGUUUUAAGCGAAAGUGAGUGCGGGUACUUUGAUUUUUAAAAGAUUGCGCAUAACCUUCAAAAGACGAGAAACGAAUGAAUGUACAAGAAAGUAUGCCCAGGAAAUUAUAGUUAACUUAGAUUGUGUCUGAUGGUCGGAAAUGUAAGGGAUCAGAUUUUGGCUCCUACAAUUUAUGUAUAUUUUAUACGGAGGUGUAAAACAAUUCCCCGGGAAAAAAAGUGUGAUAGGGAGUUUCCUAGGAAAAUUUCGGAGCUCAUUUCAUGAAAUGGGUUUUUGAAUUGUCCGCAUUGAAGAAAAAUCAAACACGAGGAGCAAAACUUCUACUUCUCUUUAAAACCUAUCAUUUUAGCGAAGCAUCUCCUAAAAUCACUUAUCUACUUAUGUGUUGAUAAUCUAAAAAUUGUAACGUUUCUCUAACAGAACCUAUAAUAAACGGUCUUAAUGCUUCUGUACUCA